CAGGGACGCCCUUGCCUGCAUCCUAUGCACGCCAAGCACGCGGGCUGCAACCCCUGAACACUGACACACACUGCCUUUCACACAACCUGGCAGGACACCCUGACAGUUUACAUGUCAGAUACACACACCCCCAUACACACACACACACACACACCCCUGCCAUCACCCACUCCAGCGGGACCCCGGAAAGAGAGAUGCAGCAGCCCUGCCAGCCCUCCCUCCCUCCCUUCCAGUGCUGGGUUUUUCUAGCCAGAGCCUCGCUCCCUCUACUGCAAUCUCUGCAAAUUGGUGUCUGACGCAGCCACUCUUGCAUGUUAUUUAUUUCUUUCCUUUCUUCCUGCUGAGACCCUCCAGUCAGGCGAGCCGCAGCAAGGGAAGCUGCAGGGACACGGAGGCUGAAAGGAUGGAGGGCAAGGCUGCUCCGAAGCCCCCAGCCUGCCCCGCAGGGGCCAGGAGCACCAGGCCAGAGGUCCCAAAGGAGGCAGGCAACGCCCGGAGCAGGGCACAGGAGGCAGAGCUGCGGGGCCCAGCCCAGCUGAGCCAGCAGCGGCGGCUCAGACAGGCCACCCAAUUCCUGCACAAGGACUCGGCCGACUUGCUCCCGCUGGACAGCCUCAAGAGGCUCGGCACCUCCAAGGACUGGCAGCCACACAGCGUGAUCCAGAGGCGCCUGGUGGAGGGGAGCCAGAGCCGGCCUGCAGGGGAGUCUCCCCUGGCACAGGCCCUGACCCACAGCCAGGAGAGCAGGAGGAGGCCCAGCAAGACCGAGAGGCUGGCUCUCCUGGUCAACUGCAAGUGCCGGGACCAGGUUCUUAGGGUGGCUGUGGACACGGGCACCCACUACAACCAGAUCUCCGCUGGAUGCCUCAGCCGCCUUGGGUUAGGGAAGAGGGUCCUAGGAGCCCCAGGUGGGGACCUGACACCUGGGCCCCCAGCCCAGGUGGCGCAGCUGGAGCUACAGCUGGGCCAGGAGACUGUGGUGUGCUCGGCCCAGGUGGUGGAUGUGGAGAGGCCUGAACUCUGCCUUGGACUGCAGACCCUGCUCUCUCUCCAGUGUUGCAUCGACCUGGAGCAUGGCGUGCUGCGGCUGAAGGCCCCCUUCCCAGAGCUGCCCUUCCUGCCUCUGCACCAAGAGCCUGGCCAGUGACAGCCGCCCCAGGCAGUCCCCAGCGGGGAGCUCCUUGCUUGAGGGGAAGAGCCUUGGGGGGAUGGGGCAUUACUAGAGCCAGGUAGCUGCGGACUGCCAUGUCUGUCCCUUCGGCCACCACCCUGACCCCGCUGUCCCAUUCCCCUGUCGGCUACAUUCCUCUGCUUCUCCGCAUCUGCCCUACCCCAGGAGGGGUGUUCCCUAGAGAGGACCACAACCUCAGGGUUCUGGUUCUCCCAUCCACUGUCCUCCCUGCCCAAGAAGAGCAGAGCCAAAUCAGGAUGGCAAAAAGGACAUAAAGCCAGGUUGGGGCUGGGCCCUUGGUGCCGGAGGGGGGGCCCCCGCCUGCUUGCCCACCCCCAACACCCUUGAGGUCUUUGCCCCAUGUUGCUCCCUGCACCUCGGAGGCUCACCUUACCACCAGCCCGGGUCCCUGCUCUGCUGGUGCCCACCUUCCUGAUUCUGCGCACGGUUGAGUGAGGGAGAAACAGUCCACACGAGGGGAAGGGGAACCGGUAGAGGGAUGCCUGGCCCCGGAGGCUGGGAGCAAAUCUCUCAGCUGCCUUUUCCAGGGCUGCAAAUGUCUGAAGCCAGUGAUUCUUCGGUUACCCUGUGAAAACCCUGGAUACCCUUCGAAUACUUACUCCAGUUAUUUUUCCUCCACCUGCCUCUUCACGCACUGGGCCCUUGAACUCCAGGGACGUGUGGAGAGCUGCGGGGAAACUGCCCCUGAGGAGGACAGGAUGCUGGGUCAUCAGUAUCAAGACUUCACCUGACCAGUAUUCCUUAUUUCUUGAGCUACCCGCCUCCUCAGACCUUCUUCCUGACCCUCAUCUCUGGGCUCCUGAGGUCGAGCUGGUCUUUUCUGGCAUCGGGGGCUUCCCUCCGCCCCCUCCCACGCUCCCUUGAACACGGAGGCUCUGCCACCUUCACUGUGAAGAGAGGAACCUGAGCCUUUAGGGGCCUUUCUGGCUGGUUUUAGUCUCUCAAAUCACAGAUUAGAGGGAGAGGAAAACAGUGACGUAACACCUGACCAGGAGCUUAGGGCCCUUGGGUUGGAAACAAAACCCUGAGCUGGGGGUAGAUUAGAUCAGAGAAGAACCAGGAUCUGCCCGCGCUGCCUGGCUGUACCUUUCCCGGCUGAGAGUAGAGGGGGCUCCUUCCCACAGCUGUAAUCGUGCGCUGGCCCCUCUGGCACCCGGGGUCUCGCCCUAUUCCUCUCCCUUCUGCCUCCAGUUGCUUCUGCAAUUGCAGACACAGGCCAGAGGAGGCCUUCUGCCCAGUGGCUUCUCUAUUUGAAUAAACACCUGUUUCUCUAA